AUGGAUCUUCGAAUUCGGUUCUUCGCUUCCUCCAAGAUCAUCACGAUCUUGACGGGGUUGGAAGACAUUCUCGCGACUCGACUUUCGGCAGCGGAUCUGGCGGGAGCGUCAGAUUCUGUUGCCGUGCCGUCCGCUCGAAGCGCCUGUGAGGAUUUAGUCGCUAGCGUUGCUGCUGACGUGGCAGAAAAGCCUGCCAGUGGGGAUCUCGCUAGCGUAUCAGAUCCCGACAGUGAUUGGAUCCUGCGGUCACGCGACUGGCUGCUUGAAACGCGGGAUUCGCUGUUGGAACGCAAAUACGAGGUCACGGCAUUCACGACUCGCGAAGGGUUAGACCUUUGGUCGCUCGCCGCCCAGUGCGCCAACCCGUACGAGCUCCUUGCUGACGUGGCAUCGCUAAACCCCAACCCCGUAGUGGCCUCGUCACACUCCGCGUCGGCCUCCGUACUUCCGCCCUCCUCCAUCGGCGCUUCCCCCAAAUCCAGUUGCGCUUCCCCCCAGCCCAUAAGCGCGUCCCCGCAACCAAUGAGCGCUUUCCCCCACGCAUCCCCCGCCCCCCGCGCCAUAAGUCGCGCGUUCUUCAAAAUGGUCGAAUUGGCGCGCUUGUUCCGCCUGUUGGGGGGAGAAAAAGCGGGAAGCGCUUCCCCGGAUCUUUCCCUGGGGGGUUCCGCUUCCUCCGUUUCCCCUUCCUGCUUCCCCCCGUUCGUCUCCGCGCACCUGUGGACUGGCUCGGCAGGUAUUGCCUCAUAUGGAGCAAGCAACAGUUCGGGCGAGGAGGGAGUGUCGCAGGAAGGGAAGCAGGGCGGAGAGCAGGGAGCGGAGCAGCGAAGGAUGCAGGCAGGGGGACAGGGAGGGGAGCAGGCAGGGGGGGGGAAGGCGUGUAAGAGCAGGAGGAAGAGGGAGAAGAAACGGUCCAAGCAACAGGAGCUCACAGGGGUCACAGGGGUCACAGGGGUCACAGGGGUCACAUGGGAGGUGCAGCAGCAGCGCUCCCCUCUGCGCCCAGUCAACCAGCACCACUCGCCUUUGCGGCCGGUCAACCAGCACCACUCGCCUUUGCGGCCUGUCAACCAGCAGCCCCCUUUGCUGCCUGCUCUCGCCGUUGCUCCCACCACGGGGGACGUGCAGCAACAGCAGGUCACAGGGGUCGCGGGGGUCACAGGGGUCGCGGGGGUCACAGGGGUCGCGGGGGUCACAGGGGUCGCGGGGGUCACAGGGGUCGCGGGGGUCACAGGGGUCGCGGGGGUCACAGGGGUCGCGGGGGUCACAGGGGUCGCGGGGGUCACAGGGGUCGCGGGGGUCACAGGCGAGGGGCAGCAGCAGCGCUCGCCUCUGCGACCAGUUAACCAGCAGCCCCCUCUGCUGCCUGCUGCUGCCGUUGCUCCCACCACCGCCUUGCCUGCCGCCCACCCUGCCGCCCACACUGCAGCCCAACCUUCCCCGUACUCCUUUCCGCACCUUGCCCCCUCUGCCGGCCCUGGGCAUGCGCCUGACUUUGUGCUGGGCCUGCUGGGGCGGCAGAGAGGCGCGCAGGGAGGGGCGCUGGGAGGGGCGCUGGGAGGGGCGCUGGGAGAUAGGAUUGUGGAAUCAGAAGGGGGGCGAAUCUGUCAUGGUGGUGCGGCUUCCUUCAUGUCCCACGGUCACGUGCUGUAUGGCACGGACGGCACAGGGGACUUGACACGUCAUGCCAACGUGGCAGCCUUCGCUGCUGACGUCAUCAGGGGCAGCCACGUGGACGGGGGGUCGAACAGUUCAGCGGGUUGCCAGGCUGGCAAGCCAGCAAUCGAGGGAGGGGUGGCGAUGGAGGGAGGGGCGGCACUGGUGACGGCGGAUGGGGGGUUGGACAGUUCAGUGGAUUGGGACCGGCAGGAGGCCAUGCACGCCCGCCUUGUCUUCUGCCAAGUGCGCGCCGCGCUCAAGCUGCUGGCGCCAGGCGGCACGUUCAUCCUCAAGCUGCUGGGCUGUUCGCUCCUCUCAACGGCCUCCCUCCUCGCGCUGCUCGCCCUCUCCUUCCGCUCCGUCCACCUCGUCCGCCUCCGCUCCUCCCGAGCCUGCAACGCCGAACGUUACGUGGUGGCUCGGGGAUUCAAGGGGAGAAAUGCAACUUCUACAGCCUACGCUGUUUCCUCCACUACCCCCUCUCCUGCUUCCACCUCUCCUUCCUCCCCCUCUCCCUCCCCCUCCUCUUCCUCCUCCCCCUCUCCCUCCUCCCCCUCUCCCUCCUCCCCCUCUCUCUCCCACAUUCUCCUAGACCUAGACCGAGUAUCCCUCCUCUGGGAAUCCCUCCCUCCUGCCCUCGCCCCUCUUCUCGCUCCCUCACUCACUCUCCCCCUCUCCGACUCCUUCCUCCGCGCCCUCCUCUCGUUUGAAGCAUGCAUGCAGCAGCAGCAGGCGCAGGCCAUGGGGCGCGCGCUGCUUGUAGGGGAGCAGCUUGUAGAGGUCUUCUCGCGAACGUCGCUAUCGCCAUUCGCGAUCGUCGCGAUGGCGAGUCAGAAGACGGUGACGACGGUGAUCCGACUGGUGAUCAACGCGGGCCAGGCGAAGCCCGCGCCGCCCGUGGGACCCGCGCUGGGCCAGCACGGGCUGAACCUCAUGGCGUUCUGUAAAGACUUCAACGCGCGCACGCAACACAUAAAGCCAGACGUGCCGAUCCCUGCACUGAUUACUGCGUACUCGGAUCGUUCGUUUGACUUCAUAAUCAAAUCCCCUCCCACGUCCUACUUCCUGAAGCGGGCGGCGGGGCUGUCUCUGGGCGGCGGGGAGGCGGGGCAUCAGGUGGUGGGCGAGGUGUCCUUAAAGCACGUGUAUGAGAUCGCCAAGAUAAAGCAGCAGGACCCUGGGUGCAGCUACAUCCCUCUCGAAUCCAUCUGUCGAUCAAUCAUAGGAACAGCUAGGUCCAUGGGCAUCCAGGUCAAAAAAUCACUUGAAGUCCCCAGCAGUACCUAG